AUGUCCGACCCCAUCCUCUUCGAAGACACUUUCACGAUCAACUCGAUCAAUGCCCAAAAAUACGAUCGCGUGUCGCGCUUGGAAUGUGAGAACCGCGACAAAUCUGUCACAUUCACUCUCGAUGUGAACACGGAGCUGUACCCUUGUGCCGUCGGCGAGUCAGUCUCCAUGGCCAUUGCCUCGACUCUCUCGCUCGAUGGCAAGGAGGACAGCCGCACGAGCUGGCGGGACGUGAGCAACGGCGAGCCCAGCCUCGCUGACGACUACGACUAUGUUUGCCAUGGAAAGGUCUACCGUUUUGCGGAAGGUACGGAGAAGGACACCAUGGCCGUUUUCGCUUCUUUCGGUGGUCUCCUGCUCUACUUGGUUGGACCUUACAGCAAGACCAACCCUCUCCGCAUUGACCACGUCUACCUGCUCAUGAAGAAAUAA